AUGCGGGUACACCUGGCGCUGGCCGCGCUGCUCGGCUGCGCGCUAGCCGUCAAGCGCGAAGACUUCAAGACGUGCGACCAGGCGGCGUAUUGCAAGCGACACCGGGCGAUCACGGAAAACACCGGCUACGAGGUCGACUUUUCGACCGUUCAACAGCACGGCGCCGUUUUGACCGCCUACCUUUCUAAUUCCGAGAACAAGUUGGCCCUCAAGAUCACCGGACUCACCGAUUCGCGCGUUCGCGUCCAAAUUGACGAGCCCGAAGGAGCGUUGCGGAAACGUUUCGUGCCCGAUUUCGCGUUGAGUGGCCCUCAAACCGAGCAGCCCUUCGAGAAGGUCGACAUCCAGUCCGACUACAUCAAGAUCCAGUGUGCCGGCAACAAGCUGAAGGUGGUCAUCCACCAGAAGCCGUUCCUCGUCGACAUCUACAACGAGUUUGACGAGUUGGUCAGCCAGGUCAACGCUGCCGGCAAGUUGAAGGUCGAGGAAUACCGCACGAAAGAGGAGGGCAAGGAGUACCCGGACGGCUUCUGGGAGGAGUCGUUCAAGAACUGGCGCGACAGCAAGCCGUUCGGAUCGAGCAGUGUUGGGGUUGACGUCUCGUUCGUCGGUUUCCGCCACGCCUACGGUCUCCCCGAGCACGCGGACUCGUUCGCGCUUCGCUCUACCGUCGGCAAUGGUGAUCCCUACCGCCUGUUCAACCUGGACGUGUUCGAGUACGAGCUGGACAACACGAUGGCUCUCUACGUCUCGAUUCCCUACAUCAUUGCCCACCGCAAGGAUCGAUCAGUUGGAGCGCUUUGGCUGAACGCCGCCGAGACGUGGGUGGACACGCGCUCGACCGAAGACUCGAAGGGCAUGUUCCGGAAGAUGGUCGACCGCGUGAUGGCCGACGAGAGCCAGCCCCGCUUUGAUGCGCACUUUAUGUCUGAAUCUGGCCUCGUCGACCUGUUCUUCUUCGCGGGCCCCAGCACGCAGCAAGUCCAGAAACAGAUGGCCGUCACAACUGGGGUGACCCCGUUGCCGCCGCUUUUCGCCAUCGCCUACCACCAGUGCCGCUGGAACUACAACGAUGAACAGGAUGUGGCUCAGGUAAACCAAGGCUUCGAUGACUGGGACAUCCCGAUGGACGUGAUCUGGCUCGACAUUGAGCACACCGACGGCAAGAAGUACUUCACCUGGCACCCCGACAAGUUCCCCACCCCGCGAAGCAUGAUUGACGGAGUCGCGGCGAAGGGCCGCAAAAUGGUGACCAUCAUCGACCCGCACAUCAAGCGCGACGACAACUACCGCGUCAACAAGGAUGCCAAGGAUUUGGGUCUUUUCGUCAAGCGCGCCGACGGCACCACCGACUUCGAAGGGCACUGCUGGCCCGGCUCCAGCGAGUACCUCGACUUCUUCCACCCCAAGACCCGCGAGUACUGGGCCCACCAAUUCACGUUCGAGCGCUACGAGGGCUCAACCCGCGAUCUGCACACGUGGAACGACAUGAACGAGCCAUCGGUGUUCUCGGGCCCCGAGGUGAGCAUGGACCGCGACUCGCUGCACCACGGCGGUAUCGAACAUCGCGAGGUGCACAACAUGUACGGCAUGAUGUACACGUCGGCCACGUACAAGGGACUCGUCGACAGGACAAACGGCGAGGAUCGACCAUUCUUGCUCAGCCGCGCCGGCUUCAUCGGCUCGCAGCGCACGGCCGCCAUCUGGACCGGUGACAACACGGCCGACUGGGGCCAUCUCCGCUACUCGGUGCCCAUGCUCCUCUCUCUUUCGGUCUCCGGCGUGCCAUUCGUCGGCGCUGACGUCGGCGGCUUCUUCGGGAACCCGGAUGAGCAGCUACUACUCCGCUGGUACCAAGCCGGCGCCUAUCAGCCCUUCUUCCGCGCUCACGCCCACAUUGACACCCGUCGUCGCGAGCCGUGGGUGUGGAGCGACGCGACGCGCGAGAAUAUUCGGCUGGCCAUCCGCGAGCGAUACGCCCUGCUGCCAUACUGGUACACCCUGUUCCGCGAGCACUACGACAACGGCCUGCCCCCGAUGCGCCCGAUCUUCUACGAGUUCCCGGCUGAGGAGGAGUUCUUCGGCGAGGACAAGGCCCACAUGGUCGGUGAUGCGCUGCUCGUCCGCGCCGUUCUCGACAAGGAUGCCGUCUCGGUGGAGGUGACGCUGCCCGCCGGCGAGAAGAAGGGCACGCUGUGGUACGACUGGCAGACCGGCGUCGAGCGCCCCAGCGGCUUGAACCACGUCGACGCUCCGAUCAACAAGAUCCCCGUUUUCCAACGUGGCGGCACCAUCAUCCCCACCUGGCAACGCAUCCGCCGCUCGGCCUCGCUGAUGAAGGAGGACCCGCUGACCCUGUUCGUGGCGCUCGACAAGCAGGGCGCCGCCAAGGGCCGCAUCUACCUCGACGACAUGACCACGCACGACUACCAGAAGAACAAGUUCUGCUUCUCCGACUUUGAGUACAAGACAAUCUCCACGAAGGAGGCGCAGAUCAUCGGGCGCCACGCCGACAAGAACGGCGAUUACAAGCUGGUCAACUGGAUCGAGCGCAUUGAGGUUCGCGGCCUCUCAGCGGAGCCGACGAAGGUGCUCUCUUCAAAGGGCAACCCACUGCCGUACACCUACGAUCGGGACACCCGCGUGCUGUGCGUCCGCAAGCCGGGCGACUUUGCCGGCGAGGACUGGACCGUCACCCUUCAAUUC